AUGCCUGAAGGAGAUACUGCCGAACUUAUAGCAUCCAUACUAGUUACUUUGGGUGGAACACUUGCGUCCGCCUAUUUAGCGAAAAAGUUGAUCGACGCGAUGGACAUGAGUAAAAAGGAUGUGGACAACGCAAAGAAGUCGUAUUCCGAGUGGUUACGCAAGCGAGAGGAGAAAACGGGACGAACAGUCGAUAUUUCGAAUAAUUACGAAGCGAUUGUAAUGCAGGAUGUUAUUGAUCCUGACCAUAUUUCGACUACGUUUGAUGAUAUUGCUGGAAUCGACCAAAUCAAACAAGAGCUCCAAGACAUGAUCAUUUUACCGCUCAAAGAGCCCCAACUUUUUGUUUCUCACUCCCUUUUUUCUCUUCCCAAAGGAGUGUUGCUGUAUGGUCCUCCUGGCACUGGAAAGACGAUGUUAGCUAAGGCGCUUGCCAAAGAGUCCGGUGUUCCUUUCAUCAAUCUUCAAUUAUCCACUCUAAUGAACAUGUAUUUCGGAGAGAGUCAGAAACUGAUCCGUGCUCUCUUUUCAAUGUGUCGAAAGUUGUCUCCCUGUAUUCUCUUCAUCGACGAAGUCGAUAUUUUCCUCAGUGCGCGUGGCCGAGGGAACGACGAGGCCAAUGCUCAAAUGAAAUCGGAGUUCCUGCAGCUCUGGGACGGAAUGCUCUCCGAGAACACGAACAAUCAGUACGGAAUUGUCGUUGUGGGUGCCACAAAUCGGCCAUGGGAUAUCGAUAAGGCUUUCCUUCGAAGACUGCCAUGCACCUUCCUGGUGGAUCUCCCUAGUAAACAGCAGCGAGAAUCGAUUUUGCGGCUGAUUCUGAAGAACGAAGUCGUGGAUGAGGAGUGCAUUAAGGAACUCGCUGCGAUUACCGAUUCCUAUAGCGGAAGUGAUUUGAAUGAGCUGUGUAAGACCGCCUGCAUCUAUCCGAUUCGCGAGAUGAUCGAUGAAAGUCGCAGGAAUGGAAUGCGUCUCUGCGAUAUUCGAAUGGACGCUCCAGUGCGCAGAAUGAAUGUAGAUAAUGCGGAUGAAAGGUUCAAAAUAGAUCAAGGACUUCAAACGGGCGAUGACGCGAGUGCAGGCGACGGGAAAGGCUGCGUAUAG